ACAAGGAAGACAUCAUAACACGCAUGAGAGACUACAGCGAGGAGACGGCCCGCGUGAAGCGGGAAAACGCACGCCUCCGCCGAGAAAUGGCCAGCUUGCGGGCCCUUAUGAAAGGCGGCGGAGGCGGCGGUGACGCCUAGAGGGACGUCAUGUAUGAAGCGGGCUCUUUAGGACGGCUGGCGUUCUGGCUGCUUUGGGGGGUCACGACGAGAUUCAUCGCGGGCGUUGCGAGGCCGGCGUUGUCGUCGUUGUAUAGGGGCUUUUAUUUCAUGUUCUGGCAAAGCGGCUACUUCUACUUCUACUUGAACUUGAUGAUGCUUGUGGACGGGUAUAUGUGUAAUGAAACGAGAACGAAAAAAACGAGAACGAUUCUGGCACGACUGACUGACUGAGAUAACUUGGCUCGGCUUGGCUUGGACAAACCUACGCUACGCUAAUGCUGGAUGGAU